AUGGCGAAACAACAACUCCGCUCCAGAGGUGGGUGCCGGGAAUGUCGUCGCAUGCACCGUAAAUGUUCCGAGCACCGGCCCAGUUGCGAAUAUUGCUCAAGUACAGGAAAAGAGUGUUCUUACGACAAACCCCUCCGAUGGGGCGGACGGUCCUUUAAGAAAUCUUGUUUUGGCCAGGUCCUUUCGUCUGGCGCUGUGGUCAAGCAAUCUCACACAGCCGCCGCCGCCGCUGCCGCCUCGAAUGGUAAGAACCGGUUGAUGGAACAAUGCGGUAGUGCCUCUCAAUCUCAUUCCUUCGUCUACGGCCCAGGCAACGGUCAGUUUACUACGGGGACAGCCUCCACGCCUCUCCUUGAAAAUGUGCCAUUCCCAGAUUCCUCCGUCGCGAUAGGGGGUGUGGGUAAUUCGCCCUCAUCGCUCAGCGACCUCAGCUACGAUCAGACCACGAUCGCACGCUCUGACAGUACCCAUAGUGCCUCACCUGGACUCUCCAUCACGAGUCCGUCGGCCUUUACGACACCCUCCAAUGACCUCGGGCGUGACCACGAUGCCGAUGUUGAACUCUUGCCUUAUCCAAAUGCGCCUGACUCUCCAGACGAGAAGUCAUGCUCGGACCUGGUGGUCGACUUUGGUCUGCAAAAGACCAGCAGCCCGAUCAACAUCAUCCUGAACCCCGACUGGCUCCCAUGGCUUUCAAACGUCGAUCGCUCUCUGUUGAAUCACUUUACAUUGACAGUGUCGAGCUACCUGUCUCUUCACCAGGCUAUGCAGAACGACUUCUGUACGGUGCUACUACCGAUGGCACUCGACACUUCGAACGGCACGCAUCUCCUUUCUGCGAUCCUCGGCCUGGCAGCGAUUCAUCAGAUUUCUCUUGGGUCUUAUACAGACGAGGCGUAUCUGGCCCAGCUUCGAUAUACCAGUCUCCAACAGCUCAGACUGCAGCGGAUCGGUCAAAAUGCCGCGGUCGAUGAACAGUCGAUCGCUACUGCUUUGACCCUGUGUCUCUGUGACAUCCUUGCGGGAGGAGAGAAGCCCAAAUCAUGGCGACUCCAUUUGCAGGGAGCCGCAACAAUGAUUAGGAACUAUUUCACAAUGCACCCGCCAGAUUCCGGAAACAUCCUGGUUCUUUGGAGGUGGUGGAAGUCGUUGCAAUCGUUGUCUACCCUCCUGGGGAAUCCGGCCUCCAGACUGGAGCAGAAACCUCUCUUAGGUUUGGCUCCCUCCGAUUCCGGCGACUACAUUGACUUAUAUGACGGCUUCUCGACAAAACUGCCUCCCUUGAUCGAAGAGGUUGACCUGCUCCAUGCCGAAAGUCAAGCGCUGGAGAGGUUAGACGUUAGAUUUGGUGAAGAUGAAGCGGUUCAGGUAUUGCGGAACGCACACUCGACGAGAUGCGAAGCACUUUUGGGGAAGGUCAGUGGCAUGAUAGACAACCCUGUUACGGAACUCGAGCCAUCCGGAUCUACCGACGCGCAACCCGAACCCGCGUCUGACUAUUUCUCUCUCAACGAGGCGUACCAUCUCGCGGUGAUGCUACAGAUAUACCAGAGGGCCAUGAACGUGAGUAUCGUAGAUGACAGGGUGCAAGAGUUGGUGGAAAGGGGGAUCAAGUGUCUUAGCGGCAUCACCAUCUACGAGUUUGCCAGUCCCGGAGUUGCGACGCUACAACCGCUGUUCAUCUUUGGAUGUGCGGCACAACGUGACCAAGAUAAACAGUUUGUGAUGGGUUGGAUUGAAAGAAUGAGAAGAACCUAUUCGCUCCGCAACACUGAUUCCGCUCGAGAUUUUCUCCUGGAACUUUGGCGAAAGAGAGAGUCCAUGGGCUCGAUGGGGACUCAAUAUCAGUACCACCAGUUGCUGUGUGCGUAUCCCAGUACCGAUCCCGUCGUGAUUAUUUGUGUUUUUUUGGUGUUGUAUGCAGGAACGAAUUGCUAA